AUGAGAAAUGCUGGAAGAUCGGACGCACCUGUGACCCUCCGCACCCGCAAAUUCAUUACCAACCGUCUCCUCCAGAGGCGUCAAUUCGUAUUGGACGUCCUCCACCCCAACAGGCCCAAUGUCUCCAAGGCCGAACUCUCCGAGAAGCUUGCUUCCAUCUACAAAACCAACAAGACCCAAGUGGUCACUUUCGGAUUCAAGACUGUCUUUGGUGGUGGACGCAGCACCGGUUUCGGCUUGAUCUACGACUCUGAGGAGGCCCAGAGGAAAUUCGAGCCCAGGUACAGGCUGGUACGGUCCGGUCUCGAGACCAAGAUCGAGAAGGCUUCGCGUAAGCUGCGCAAGGAACGCAAGAACAGGUCAAAGAAGUUCCGCGGCACCAAAAAGACCAAGGCCGCCGAGCCCCAAAAGAAGGGCAAGUAA